GAAAUUUGUUCCUCCGCUUUGUCGGACGUCGGUGGCUCAGGAUGACCCAGUCCAGCCAUCGGCGAGAGGUAGGCUCGACACAUCCUCUCCUCGAGCUCUGAAUCUCGGUCACUAUCUCGUGCACGGCGCACAUCGCCCACAUUGCAAUGCGCGACAUGCUACAUGCAUCAGGACUCUCGCGCGGAUGGACCGCAUGAAGAGACGGGUCAUGCAGAGUGACGCUCGACUGAGCGCUAGCUGCGAUACGUUCCGCUUCGCUUUGUGCUCAUCCUUGACAGCUCGGACGCGUACCUUUGGCGGUCGCCGCGCGUUGCGAUGGCAACUUCCGAAGAACGAUGCAAUUAGCUGCUGCAGUCCUCCUUAGCCUUCUGCGGUGUCCGCCGUCGACACACGGGCACAUUCUGCGCAUGACACCGGAGGGCUGUGCGAAGCCUGACUACUUCCAUAGAUAUCUGAUAUUUGGCAGCUGUCAGGCUAUGCGGACUGCUGUGUCGAUGCCACAGCCUUUGCUGUGCUCAAGUGUCUCGGCUUUGAAUGACCUUCGGCGCAUCAUCCUCGUCCCACUCACCGCCAGACUUUUCUCCGUCUUCGAUAAGCUCAAUAGAUUCGAGAUGUUCACCAAGAUGAUCCCUGCUGCUCUUGUGCUCUACCUUGCCACGCUCGCUUCGGGUGCUAGCAUCAACGCCGAAGCCGGCGCCAACACGCUCGAACGCCGUCAUUCGGGUAGCUACACGUCGUGCAACCUCGUCGUCCAGCCAAAGGGCAAACAGCCCGAGCUCGACCUCACUUGGGGCCUCGCAUACAGCUCCGGUCUCUACACCCUCACUCCUUCGGGCCUCGUCACCAACGCCUACUACGCGCCUCCUCAUCAGGCCGGUGGCCAGCAGCUCGACCCCAACUUUGUUCUCGAUGGCGACCACUUCAGAGCCGUCCUCCAGGUCAAGGUUGCUGGAGAUGGCGACAUUACAGCUGCUGCUCUCAUCUCCCUCACCUGGAACGGCGUGGCUCGUACUGCAAAGCCUUCAUACGUUCUGCAGUGCAGCAGCGAUGCCGCCAAGGAAGACAAGAUCACGAUUCCUAGCUUCUAAGCUCAUACUUGCUCACAGUACAUACGACUCCUCUCGCGAGGCUUUGAAAAAUGUAUGCUAGCAACAAAUGUACGCGGACUUUGACCAG